AUGGGCUGGGAAGAAUCCAGGAUGGAGCGUGGGGAUCACCGUGGUGUGCCCCCAAAGCGAUGGUUCGAGGAAUACCGAAGGGGGAGCCGAUUCCAGGAUGAGGAGGAGCGCGAAGCCAAGCGGCAUGAAGACCUCAACCGUGAAAGGAAACUCCGGGAGAGGAUGACAAGGGGGCGUGAGUCGUACAGGAUGGGAGAUCUGUGGGGGUUUAGAGAUGGCGACCAAUUUGGGAAGAGAAGAGCUAUGGAGCCGACCGAUCUGGAUCGAGGCAACUAUCAGAAUAGCCAGAGAGUCAGGUUUCAGCAAAGUCAGGUUACCUCCUACACUUCUGCUAUUGACAGGCUGGGUGGCAUUCACAGGGAGCAGCAGAUGAAGGGGAAGGAUGAUCUUUCUAGGGGCAAGAACUCUGCUGAUACUGGAAGGAGUGGAGUUUAUUUCAGGUGUAGACAAGAGGGGCAUCAUCAAGCCGACUGCACAAACCCCCCAUUCUGCUUCAAUUGCAAGGAAACUGGACACAUGGCAGCGAAGUGUCCCAGCAACAAAGGAGCCUCUAUGCACAUGUAUGGUUUUGGCUUUCCAGGACAGGGGUUUCAUUGUCUGAAAAUUCCAGGCGCAGUCAAGCAGCAGUUGGGAGACCAGGUUGGUUUGAUUCAGGUUAAAAGUGGGGAUGCUGAUGUGUUCAAGAUAGAGAAAGAACUGAAGAACCUCAUUGAUACCAAAUGGUCCUGGAAAGUUAAGCAAAUCUCUGAAUCAAAAUACAUGGCCACAUUCCCAAACAAAAUGAUCCUAGAUACUUUCUCCCGGUCUAAGAGUUUGGAUUUGGUGUUUUUCAGCAUCAACGUCUCAAUCUCGCAUUCCAGCUUAGAUCAUAUGGCAUCAACAGUCCUACAAAUAGGUUGGAUUCAGCUUUUCAAUGUCCCUGACCCCGCCAAAAACAUUGAAGCUGUCACUCUUAUUGCUGAGCUAGCUGGGGAAGUGAUGGUGGUGGAUGAGGUUUCCUUGAUCGAAGAUGGACCAGGGAGAGUCAAGCUGAGAGCGAGAGAGAUAGCGAGCAUCAAAGGGUUUCUCGAAAUUUUCAUCGAGGGGGUAGGAUUUGAGAUCAAGGUGUUACCUAAAACCAAAGACAAGGUGGUUCGGCAAAAUGACCCUUCUCCCCUACCCAAGAAUCCUGAUGAUAGGGACUCCUCUGAGGAAGACGAUGACGCAGAUGAUCUAUCUGACUUUGAAAGCAAAGUAAACCGCGCCAUGGGAGAGCCUCCCGCAUAG